AACAGGAGCCUCCAAACGUGACAGACUCCCCUCCUCUCACAGCCGCUCACAACGUCAUCGCACUUUGCACAAUAAAGCUGCUUCUCAUCUCACAGCAGGACUCGCGAAGUGUGUUGGACCCAAACACGAAGCGGAACACGUUCACUUUGGUCUCACACUGUGUAUCAUCAGAGGCUCGCUGCCACAAUGGACGUCUCUCCUGUCUCUAUACCCUGUCAUUUUAUGAUGAAGCCUACAGACAAACCCUACAUACCUAGCUAGCAAUACAUUUUUGAUUUCUUCCCAUUAGAACUGAGUUAAGUUGUUCUUUAAUCCAUUUUGUUGUAGAAAUUUAUUUAUAAACACGUAUUACCUCACAAGUCCCAGUUAAACCAGAAUAAAUAGGCUUGGUUUAACUCUGAUUGUUUUUAAUUACCCUAAUUUGCACAGUAGUGAUGGAUACAACUACACUAGCAACCCUGGCUGCUGCCACGACACUGGCAGUGGCCUCUCAGUCCACCAUGACAGGCUACAUGUGGCUGUUGGUGUUAGGCUUCGUCAUAGCCUUCAUCCUGGCUUUCUCCGUGGGAGCCAAUGAUGUGGCCAACUCCUUCGGUACUGCAGUGGGCUCCGGAGUGGUCACCUUGCGUCAGGCCUGCAUCCUGGCCACUAUCUUUGAGACGGUGGGCUCAGUGCUGCUGGGGGCCAAGGUCAGCGAGACCAUCCGAAAGGGGAUCAUCGAUGUCCACAUGUACAACGGCUCCGAACACGUCCUGAUGGCAGGAUCGAUUAGUGCGAUGUUUGGCUCUGCUGUGUGGCAGCUAGUUGCAUCGUUCCUGAAGCUCCCUAUUUCUGGAACCCACUGUAUUGUCGGAGCAACAAUUGGCUUCUCCAUGGUAGCCAGAGGUCACCAAGGGGUCAAAUGGAUGGAGCUUCUGCGCAUUGUGGCAUCCUGGUUCCUGUCGCCUCUGCUGUCAGGCAUCAUGUCAGGAAUUCUCUUCUAUUUUGUUCGCAAAUUCAUUCUGAGCAAGGCUGAUCCUGUACCCAACGGCCUCAGAGCUCUUCCCGUCUUCUACGCCGUCACUAUGGGCGUCAACCUCUUCUCCAUCAUGUAUACAGGAGCACCAAUGUUGGGUUUUGACAGGGUGCCAUGGUGGGGUACACUGUGCAUUGCUUUGAGCUGUGCCUUCGUCACAGCUUUGAUCGUUUGGUUCGUUGUCUGUCCGUACCUCAAGAAGAAAAUCAGACGAGAAACAGCUGCUUCUCCCUGUGAAACUCCACUCAUGGAGAAGACCUCCAGCAAACCUGCAUCUUCACAGCAGCCCUCAACACCUCGCGACCCUCAACCCCAGACUCUUCCAGUAGACAGUCAGAAGGUAGCUUUCAAACUUGGAGGCUCAGAGGAAGCGGAUUUGGACAACAAUGACAUGGAAACCAAAGACUUGGAUAUCAGCAACGGUCUGAAUGGCCCUCUUGGCCCCAUGAUGAUCACUGACCCUCACAGUGGACGCUCCCACACCAUCCACAAAGAUUCUGGCCUUUACAAAGACCUGCUGCAGAAGCUUCACAAGUCUAAGGUUGGUGACUGCAUUGGUGACAGUGAUACAGAGGAGCGGCCAAUCCGGAGGAACAACAGCUACACUUCCUACACCAUGGCUAUUUAUGGCAUUCAAGGCGAUCCUAAAAACAAGGACCUAGAUGGUGCGCUGCAGGGGAGACCGAGGGUGGACAGUUACAGCAGCUACAGCUCAGCGGUGACCAAUGGGAGUGCAGUCAAGGAAGAGAGCGUGACUCAGGAAGCUGGCAUGGAUCCCCCUCUAGAAGAGGAUGAGCUGGAGGUCGACCAACCAGCUGUCUCCAUGCUUUUCCAAUUCCUGCAGAUACUCACAGCGUGCUUUGGCUCCUUUGCUCACGGAGGGAAUGAUGUCAGCAAUGCAAUUGGUCCACUGGUGGCUCUGUGGCUUCUGUAUGAGAGCGGCUCUGUGGUGUCCAACGCACCAACACCCAUUUGGUUGCUUCUUUAUGGCGGAGUGGGCAUCUGCGCUGGACUCUGGGUAUGGGGACGAAGAGUGAUGCAGACCAUGGGCAAAGACCUUACACCCAUUACACCCUCCAGUGGAUUCAGCAUUGAGCUAGCUUCAGCACUCACAGUUGUUGUGGCAUCCAAUGUCGGUCUUCCCGUCAGCACAACCCACUGCAAGGUGGGAUCCGUGGUGGCCGUGGGAUGGCUGCGCUCCAGGAAAUCGGUGGACUGGCGUCUGUUCAGGAACAUCUUCAUCGCCUGGUUCGUCACAGUUCCCAUCUCUGGGCUCAUCAGUGCCGCCAUCAUGGCUCUCUUCAUAUACGUUGUUCUGUGAGCGUCCUGUCAGACACACUGUCGCGUCAACUGGCAGACUGCUGGCAACCGUUUAUGUUUGACCGACUGAUAAAACUGUUGGUCAACAUGUUCCUCUUGGUCUCUUUUAAUGAUGUUUAUAAUAUGUCAUUCCAAGGUCAAGCCAAUGAUGUUAUCUCACAGGAAUGUGUCCAUGAAUGAUGUAGAAUCUAAUAACACUGUUCAAAUAUCCUAUGAUUUUGUAUAUCCCUUUGUAUAUUUGUAUAAAAGCAAUGUGUAUUAAAAAUCAGAUAAUUCCAUUUUGACUGAAAAAGAACAAAUAACAGUUAUAUUCUAUGUUUGCGUAUUUGGAUGUAAAAGAAAUGAGUUGCUUGAUUUGAAAGGAUUUCAAUGUAUUUCACUCACUAUUAAACUUUUUUCACUGAAUCUUA